GCAUCGCUCCAAGGGACAGGGCUCACAUGAUGAACUGCAUCAUGUACUGGAGUAGCCGUGGAUACUUCUGGCAUGACAUGCCCUGCAUGGAGAGAAUGAGCUACGUGUGCCAGAUAGGUCCAGGGAUCACUCAAGAUUGUGGGCCAGAAAUUGUCCCCACAACGACACGCCGCAUUCCAGCCUCGGAUCCGCCAUCUUGGACAACCCGACCAGCUGUUGUAGAGACAACUCAAGGUCAAGGUCCAAGUACAGUCCCCGUCUGGACCUGGCCUGGUCACGGCAGCACCCCGCCACCACCACCGUCUGACAGUAACACGUUCAUCCCGCUCACCAUGCCUGGACAAGGUGGCAAGGCAGCCGCACAGGGGCGGGAUGCCGGCGGGACCGGAGCCGUGGUGGGAGGGUCGGUUGGGACAGUAGCUACGGUAGGGGUGGGGGUCGGCGUAGGAGUCCUUGUUUACAAGAAGUAUAUGCUGGCUAAGGUAGCUCCCAUCGUAACAGCGUAGAGCUACUGGCUUGUUGUGAUUGAUAAAAUUUUAGGGCGUUUUACUAUGUAAUUAAGCCAAAUUUUGAUGAACUCCCGGACCUGUGGUGGCUCUUCACAGCGGAAACUACUAGGGACACCUUAUCACAUCAAGUGUCCAACCGUAGCGAUGAAAUAGCAAUCUGUCUGGGAUUGAAAUGACUUCCAUCAUACAUAAUUACAAUUCUAGUUAUGGUCGACAGGCGGCACUUUUGACCCAUGAACUAGACACAAACAUAAGCAAACAGGCAGAAACACGCGCGCACGAGCACUGUUCAUUUUUACCUCGUAUUAGACGACGCCUUUGAUCCAUAAGAAUGAUACUUUUUUGCCGCAAAAAAAGUUUUGGAGAGCAUAUCUCCCCCCCCCCCCCGGCUUUUUUCACAAAUAGCGCAAAAGCAGAGGACCUUUUGCAGUUUAUCAUUUCUUUUAAUCUCUUAGUCCAGUACACGAAGAGAGACAUCUAUCAGGCAAAAAUGUUACUCAUAAUCAAGCAUAUUGUCAUCGGUACGAUGAGCAUGAUUUUGUCUUUACCAGCUUUGUAACAAAAACUUUACAUGCAUACUACUAAUCAGAAAUGUACAUCAAACAUAAUAAGCAGUUUGUCGUCUGUAUAGUGAAUGUAUCGUGCAUACGUGCAUCUAUAUAGCGGUGUAUGUCCUCAGCAUGAUGCUUCUCAAAUAAGUGUGGUAAUAAAAACUAUUGCCAUGGCGACGGUUUUAUUGUUUAUAAGGCCAUGUUGAUUUG